AUGAGGAAAUUUACGAAAGGCAUCACCAAGAAACUUUCUAAGUCCUUCAAGUUUUCCCGCAACCGCAUUCCUGCAGUCCAGAACGUUGACCCUCAAGGUGCUGUAUCGAGUCAGAAAGUCGAGUCCUUCAUUUUUUACGAGGCCCCCAGGACACGUCACAUCCGCAUUCUUCCACCGACAAGCAUCCCGCCUCUUCUGAAAAUCCAAGGCUCAUCCAGAGAACCUGCUUCGAAGGUUCUCGACACCCCCUUUAGCGUGGAGGAAACCCCUGGUCCCCAAUCGGUUGAUGCUGAACUUCGGAAUGCCCAUGAGGAUUUAGAACGCAUAAAAACACUUGGGGGACCUGCGACUUCGAUGGCAUCCGCCAUCGCCGAUUCCCCAGCGGAUCUCGCCGCCGCGGAUGAUUUCCAGACCACAUACCUCCAACCCCUCAAAAUUUUCAACACUGUCAUCGAGAACAUCGCAAAUGUAUGGGCUGCUCUCCUUGAUUGA